AUGGGACUUCAGUGGUGUGUGACCAUCAGCCAUCUUGUAGCUUCAGAUAAGACUUCAGCAGACAUGAUAGAAAGAAAUGGAGCUUUUGCUCUAGUCCUAGAGGUGUUUACACUGCCAUGGAGGAGCCUGUGGUUUCGCUGGUGCUUCACUGUUGUUGCUGGAACAGUAAUCCACUGCACCUAUUUACUGCCUGAGAUAUUUCUCUCCUGUUCAGCUGCUGAGUAUCUUCGAAAGAAAUCAAACGGGGACAUUGCUGUCUCCCCACUGCUCAUAAGGAAGAAGUGUUGAGGGAGCAAUAGUGCUCUCUUAACUACCUUCCCUCAUUUUUCCCAAGGUUUGUGCUUCAGUCAAGCUUCUGUGGGAGCUAAACCAUCAAAAAAGCUUCGUGUUUCCCUAAGUGUUUGUUUAAUUGUUGAGCAGGCUCUGAAGGGAGCGAGAAUGCUCAGGAUGCCCAACUGCCUUCUAAAACUGACCAGGGUGGUGCUGAGCCACAAGUUCAGGGCUCUGUUUAUCCUCACCUUUAAGUUCAUGUCCUUUGUCUCCAUCAUGUUGUACUGGAGAAUCACGGAAGACCCUAAGGGCAGGGGCCAGGUCUACAGCUUGCCUGUUGAAAUUCGCUGUGCUCACUCUGUGCCUUCUCCUCCCCGUCCCACUGCCGGUGGGCCCUCUCCUUCCCCAGGGGAUGUGUUUUUUGUGGAGACCUCGGAGAGAACUAACCCAAGUUACCUGUUCACGUGAUCUGUGGAGUCAGCGGCCCGGACACACCCUGGGACAAGAGUCGUGGUGCUCAUGAAAGGCUUGGUAAAUGGUAACACCUCGUUACCCAACCACUGGGGCUUCUCGUUGCUGAGCUGCUUCCCCAACGUGGAAAUCCGGCCCCUGGACUUGCCAGAGCUUUUCUCUGGAACACCUCUGGCAAAGUGGUACUUGCAGGCUCAGCAGCGCUGGGAGCCUUAUUUCUUACCUGUCCUGUCUGAUGCCUGCAGAAUUGCCAUCAUGUGGAAAUUUGGUGGCAUCUACCUGGACACAGACUUCAUUGUGCUUAAGAACUUAAAGAACCUCACCAAUGUGCUUGGUACCCAGUCCAAGUAUGUACUGAACGGGGCCUUUCUGUCCUUUAAACCCAAACACAAGUUCAUGGAGCUUUGCAUGCAGGACUUUGUGGACAACUACAACAGCUGGAUCUGGGGGCAUCAGGGCCCACAGCUCCUAACGCGUGUCUUCAAGAAGUGGUGUUCCAUCAGGAGUCUUCGGAGCAGUACGAGCUGCAAAGGAGUCAGUGCUCUGCCCCGGGAGGCUUUUUAUCCUAUUCGGUGGCAGGACUGGAAGAAAUACUUUGAAGUGGUCAGCUCCUCAGAGCUUCACCACCUCUUUAAUAACACCUAUGCAGUGCAUGUAUGGAACAAGAAGAGCCAAGGCACAAGGCUAGAGAUCACAUCCCAGACUUUGCUGGCUCAGCUGCAUUCCCACUUCUGCCCUGCCACAUACGGUAUCAUGAAGAAGGACUCUGAACUGCAGUGA